AAUUACAAAUUCUGAACGUAGUUAAAGGAUCCUAGGAGGCAGAGUGUCUGGACCAAGCCUGAGCUGUCUUCUCUGACUCAUUUCUGACUUUAGUUAUUUCAAUGGGGAAAAUGAUGAAGAUAUUCAGCUUCUUUCUUGUCACCACUACUCUGAUAAUGGGCAGGGAAGGCUGGGCUCUCGAGGACUGUUUCCAGGAGCAGGCACGGCUCAGAGCCCAGGUGCGCCGGCUGGAGACCCGAGUCAAACAGCAACAGGUCAGGAUUGCACAGCUUUUGCAUGACAAGGAAGUCCAGUUCCUCGAUAGAGGAGAGGAGAAUAGUGUCAUUGAUCUUGGAGGCAAGAGACAGUAUGCAGAUUGUUCAGAGAUUUUUAAUGAUGGCUAUAAGCGCAGUGGAUUUUACAAAAUCAAACCUCUCCAGAGCCUCGCAGAAUUCUCUGUUUAUUGUGACAUGUCUGAUGGAGGAGGAUGGACUGUAAUUCAGAGGAGGUCUGAUGGCAGUGAGGACUUCAACAGAGGAUGGAAUGACUAUGAAAAUGGCUUUGGAAAUUUUGUCCAAAAAAAUGGUGAAUAUUGGCUGGGCAAUAAAAAUCUUCACCUAUUGACUACACAAGGAGACUACACUUUAAAAAUUGAUCUCACAGAUUUCGAAAAAAAUAGCAGUUAUGCACAAUAUAAAAAUUUCAAAGUCGGGAAUGAAAAGAAUUCCUAUGACUUGCAUAUCGGGGAAUAUUCUGGAACAGCUGGAGACUCCCUUGCAGGGAACUUCCAUCCCGAGGUGCAGUGGUGGGCUAGUCACCAAAGCAUGAAGUUCAGCACGUGGGACAGAGAUAAUGACAACUACGAAGAAAACUGUGCCAAGGAGGAACAGUCUGGUUGGUGGUUUAACAGGUGUCACUCAGCAAACCUGAAUGGUGUAUACUACAGGGGCCCCUACACAGCUGAAACCGACAAUGGGGUGGUCUGGUACACCUGGCAUGGGUGGUGGUAUUCUUUGAAAUCUGUGGUUAUGAAAAUUCGGCCAAAUGAUUUUAUUCCAAAUAUUGUUUAAUUGUCCCUGUUGGGCUCUCAUUUCUGUAAUUCAUCUCGGUUUAAAAUAAUUUGAAAAAUAGCAAUUCUGGAUGUCUAAAUAUAUGAUGAUAGCAAUUGUGUGUACUUCUUUUCAUUUUUCUUACUUGUCUUUAUUGCUUAAUGUAUCUUCAGUGCAGCAAAUAUGCAAUAUUCACCAAAAAUGCAGAUUUUGUUAAUA